AUGGGUCUUCAGGAGAGAUCAUCGGACGAUAGCUCUGCGAGCAUCGAAUAUGUCACUUCCAGAAUGACUGGAGGCGACGAGAAGAAGAAUAUGGUCGAAGUGGUUGGUGAGGAACCACCAGAGAAUACUUUAAAACAAGGUAUGAAAAUGCGUCAUAUUCAAUUGAUUGCCUUAGGAGGAGCCAUCGGAACUGGUCUUUUCGUUGGUUCCGGCGCUGCGUUGGCUACCUGUGGUGCCGGUGCACUUCUUUUGUCGUAUAUCGUUCUCUCUGUCGUGGUCUGGUUUAUCAUGAACAUUUUGAGUGAAAUGGCUGCGUUCUUGCCAGUACCAGGUGUGGGUGCUCAGCAGUUCAUGAAUGACUAUCUCGAUCCAUCCUUUGGAUUUGCUUUGGGUUACAACUAUUAUUACUGUUUCGCAAUCUUGGUUGCUGCAGAAGUUGUUGCUGCCGCCUUGAUUAUUCAAUAUUGGACCACUUCGGUGAAUAUCGCAGUUUGGAUUUCAAUUCUCCUCCUUGUCAUCCUUAUACUUAAUUUGUGCCCCGUGAGAAUUUACGGAGAAGCCGAAUUUUACUUUGCUAGCAUUAAGUUAGUCACCAUUACGGGUUUGAUUAUUUUAGGUGUUGUCUUGUUCUUUGGUGGUGGUCCAAACCACGACCGUUUAGGUUUCCGCUAUUGGAAAGAUGGCAACGCAUUUAAACAGCAUCUUGUGAAGGGUGACACUGGAAGAUUUUUGGCCUUUUGGACUGCCAUCAUUAAAGCAGGUUACUCUUUUAUCACCAGUCCUGAGUUGAUUGUUGCCUGUUCUGCAGAGGUGCAAGCACCAAGAAAGGCAAUUCCUAGAUGUGCCAAUCAAUUUGUUUACCGUUUGGCGUUUUUCUACAUUUUGGGCUCUUUGAUCAUCGGUGUGAUUGCAAACUCAAACAGUGAGAGAUUGACCAGUGGCGAACAUACAGCUUUUGCAUCUCCUUUUGUUCUUGGAAUUCAAAGCGCAGGUAUUCCAGUGUUAAAUCACAUUAUCAACGCUGUCAUCUUGACCUCUGCUGCUUCAGCAGGAAAUGCCUUUAUGUAUGCUUCCUCGAGAACAUUGUUUUCGUUGAGUAAGAAAGGUUUGGCACCAAAGAUCUUCUCCACUGUCAACAGCUGGGGUGUCCCAUACUACUGCGUGGCGCUUUCAUUUGCAAUUGCAUGCUUAUCCUACUUGAAUGUCUCUGAAUCGUCUCUUACAGUUUUCACCUGGUUAACCAACAUUACUACUAUCUCUGGAUUCAUCGCAUGGAUCGUGGUCGGUUUCACUUAUCUCAGAUGGAGAAAGGCCAUUGUAUUCAGAGGUCUCGAAGAUAGAGUUCCUUACAAAACCAGAUUCCAGCCUUAUGGUACAUACUUUGUGAUUGUCUUCAUUUUCCUUUUGACUUUGACCAAUGGAUAUGCCGUUUUCUUCGACUUCAAGAUCGCUGAUUUCUUGGCUGCUUACAUUACCUUUCCAGUUGUUUUGGCACUUUAUGCUGGCCACAGAAUUUACUCUAUUUAUUGGCUCGGGAGAACUAGAUGGCUCACACCAUACGAAGAAAUCGACUUUUCGAAAUUAGAAAUGAUUGAAUAUCAAGAAACUCAAUACCCUGUCAGAGUUCCAAAGAACUGGGUUGAGAAAAUUUGGUUUGCGAUCUUCUAA